CACUAUCUCCCUCCCCCUCCCGCCGCUUCCCAUUUACGCUAGUGAAAUCGCUUUCAGUCCGCUGCCCUUGGGUUGGCUCCGUACUGUCCGUGCAGUGAAGAGUUCGGCGGGCGGGGUGUGGAGACUAUUGAGGGAGAGCCAUGCAGGGGGGCCGGGUGUAGUGCAGGCAGGUCCCAGACACCCAGCUGCUGCUCAUACACACUCACAUGCAGCAAAAUGGAAACAAUACUGAUAAAGAACACGGGACAGCAGGAGAAUGAGCAGCUGAAAGAGGAAGAAGAGGAGGAAGUGGACCCCAGGAUCCAGGGAGAACUAGAGAAGCUUAAUCAGUCCACUGAUGACAUCAACCGAAGAGAGAUCGAACUGGAGGAUGCCAGACAGAAGUUCCGCUCUGUACUAACUGAAGCAACCCUGAAACUUGAUGAAAUGGUCAAGAAGAUUGGGAAAGCUGUGGAGGAUUCUAAACCUUACUGGGAAGCCCGAAAAGUUGCCAGACAGGCCCAGCUAGAGGCACAGAAAGCCACCCAAGACUUCCAACGUGCCACGGAGGUAUUGCGGGCAGCCAAAGAAACAAUAUCUCUGGCGGAGCAAAGGCUGCUGGAAGAUGACAAACGCCAAUUUGAUUCCGCUUGGCAGGAAAUGCUGAACCAUGCCACUCAGCGGGUGAUGGAAGAGGAACAGAAGAAGACGCGCAGUGAGCUGCUACACAAGGAGACGGCCGCUAAAUACAAUGCAGCCAUGGGCAGGAUGAAGCAGCUGGAGAAGAAAUUAAAGAGAACAAUCAACAAAUCAAAGCCGUAUUUUGAACUCAAGGCAAAGUAUUACCUGCAGCUUGAGCAACUAAAGAAAACAGUGGAUGACCUCCAAGCUAAACUCUCUCUAGCAAAAGGAGAAUAUAAGACUGCCCUCAAAAACCUAGAGAUGAUCUCUGAUGAGAUUCAUGAAAAGCGCCGAACAUCGUCUAUGGGCCCUAGGGGGAGAGGAGUGGGCUCUGAGGGCAAUAAUUCACUUGAGGACCUCUCGGCUUGCAAACUGGACUCCGAUAAUAUAUCCAUGACAUCAGAAGUGUUUGAUGAUGACAAUCUCAGCAGCUUGGUCUCCGAGGAAGAUUCUGAAACCCAGUCUAUGUCUAGCUUUAGCUCUGUUCCAACCAGCCCAGCUGAGAUUCCAAGUCCGUUUCCUAAUGUCCCUCGUCCUGGGAGCCUGGAUUUAUCAAGCCCCUUGUCCCUCUCUGACUUUGGUUUGAUUUCGCCAAUACUGGGGCCUCGAAGUGAAUGCAGUGGGGCAUCCUCACCGGAGUGUGAUCUGGAAAGGGGGAACAGGGCUGAAGGAUCCGAGAAUGCAGCCCAAGACAGAAUAAAUAAUAACAGUAAAAGCAAUAGCAGGAAAGCCAUGGCAUUGCCAGUCCUGGACAACAAGAUAAAGCAGAUCACAUUGGAAUGUACAAAGACUGGGAAUGGCACAAACACAGAGAGGAAGAAAUGCAGCCGUUCCCAAUCUUUAGCCUCUACCCUGUUGGUCAAUGCUGUGUGAGCAUAUAGAUGAGCGAGCAGGAAUCCUGUGCAACAACCUUCUUUCAUUCCAUGCAGACUUCAGCAGACUGCUGGGACAUCAGCUCUACUCAUUGGGAGAUGCUUCGCAUGAGACCUCACACUAUAGGAAGUACAGGUGGCUUUUUCAGCAGGCUUUCUAUUGCCUUUACCAAGUGUGUACGUUUAGGUGUGUAUCCUGUGUUUAGGAAGGAAUUGUUGCAUAGCCAUGACCAGAGCAAUAAAUUCAAUGAACUUUUUGUGCCAAAAACAUCUGGAUUCCGAAUUGAACUUCAGUGAUGAGGUGUUUUUUGUCUAUUGCCUUUCUAGGUAGGACUGCAGUCUCUUCUGGUAUAUUGGAGAGUCAGCAUUGAUGUCUUGGCAAAUCAGCUCAUGUUGCAUCUCAUGUUUAUGUAGUAGAACAACUGAGUUCACAUUUUCUGUGUUGAAGUUGUGCCAAGUAACAGUCGUUUGCACAAUGGGACAUUAAAUGAUACCUGCACAGAUGCAUUUGAUGCGAUUUAGAAAUUAAGUAUUUCUUUAUCUGUGUAGCUCCAUGCAUUGCUCCAAUUGGCCCUACCAACAGCUUGGUCUUCUUGACCACUUAGUAGCAAUUUGCUGAGGUGAAAUAAAGAUUUCAGAAAGUAACUCCCCAUGUGUCCAGCCACUAACGUCAUAGAGCUCUUAUAAGUCACGCUUCCAAGCCAAAUGCCAUCCAGUAUUUGCUCUGCUUCGUUCAUGGGUGCUCUCACAUAGUGGAGAAAGGCCUCCUAUCAGUGGUAAAGACAUCACCCAGUUCUUCAACUCCUACGCUGGAGGGUGUUUGAGACCAAGACAUUGAUAUACGCAUGUCAUAGACAAGUAUGAGAAUCAUUUCCGUAUGUUCCAUUACUAGAUAUGUAAUAAUUGUGAGGACGAAUCCAUUCAGCUAUGGAAAGUUCCAUAUGGUUUUGUGAUCUUGCAUAUGUUCUAUACUAUACCUGUGAUGUCAAAGGCCACCACAUAGUAAGACUUUUGAAGGAUUCUAGGAGUUGUAGUACAUAAAAGCCAGACACCAGUAAGUUGGGCAUCCCUGUUUUAUACAAUCUUAUAGCUUGUUUUUCCUUCUUGUAUAAAUGUAACUGAAAUGGAUUUCUACCAUGUGCCAUUGGAAAUGUCAAUAAUUACCCAGCCAAAUGCCACGAGUAAUCUCACUUUUAUGCACUUCUGAUUUGAUUGGUCUGCCCUUGAGGGAACCUGAGGAAGGUUGCUGAUCUGGGGCUAUUUCCAUUUAAUUGAACACUUAUCGUCAACAGCCUUGCCCAGCUGUAUUGCACCCCUUCUCUGAAUCGCCCCUCCCUUGCUUUUUCAAAUGAGAGGACUUUAUUACAAACUAACAUGACCGUCCAUAAUGUAUAGGAAGCCUAGGAUUUUAGGUUUAACUAUAGACAAUGAUACUGUUGGGCCAAGACAGUGGAGUCUAAGCUGCUGGUUUGUAGUAACAGGGUUUGCAAGUCUCUUUUCUAUGUUAGUUUUUGAUGUAUGACUUUGCUAGGGGAAUUUAGUAUUAUUGGAAUAUGGUGACUCCCACUGCUGCUGUCUUUGUGUUCAUUUCACAGCUUGUGUGUAUCUGCAGCAAAAUAAAGGGUGUUUCAUGCAAGUUA